AUGGCGUUGCUCAUCAGUAGCGCCCACUGCCAAGUAGCAGGCUUCGCGCUGCUCACCAUCGGCUGGAUCCUCUGUACCACGUCCAUGGGCCUUGCCGAGUGGCGCGUGUGGUACAUGGACAGGUCCCUGGUAUCCCCCUCCAGCCUGGCCUGCGUGGGCCUGUGGAAGGUCUGUGUCCAGCACCACAGCCGAGGCUUCAGCAGCCCCGCGCAAUGCUACCACUACUCCUACUGCGACGCCUUUCUCCCGCUGGACCUUCGUAUCACCCAGAACCUCAUGCUGGCCGCCAGCGUCCUGGGGCUCUUGGGGAAAGCCUUGAUCAUCUUCGCGCUCAAGAACGUGUACAUGGGCGUCCCUCACAAGACCGCCUGCCACCCGUUCAUGGCCUCGGGGGUUGUGAACGUGGUGGCCAGCGCGUGCAUCUCGGUCGCCGUGCUCUGGAAUUACUUGUCCAUCAUGCACAAGCAAGGGGUGGCCUUCCCGCCGUCCCUCCAUCUCCCCUACAAGCCGGACAUGCAGGAGAUCGGUAGCGCCAUGCUCGUGGCGACCCUGGCCGCCUUCCUCCUGCUGCUUAGCGGCCUGAUUUUCCUUUCCUACAAAUCUCCUGUGGCCAGCCAAGUGCACCCCACGGUUACAGAUGUGUAA